AUGAUCAGAUCCAAGCCAUGUGUCACACCUCUUCUCUUUGCUAUCAACCAAUCCCGUGUUAACCUGGCUCUAUCAGUUGUUUUUAAUCAUUGCGAGAAUCCGGCAUAUUUGAAUUAUUGGCUCAACACGGAGCUUCGAAUUCCGGCACGAGUACGGGUAAUGUGCCGUAUUGCUGAUUGGCACCUUUACGAUCGCGCUUUUCCCGGAUGCAUCAUGGGAUCCAAGGCUGUACUUGUUGAGUUCGAAAGUAUCACCGGUUUUGAUUUCAUGAUAACUCAUAUGGCUACGAUUCAAACAAGUGUCGCAUUCACUACCAAUAUCCGGAAUGACAAUAACAACAAUUUGUGA